AUGGGGGACGCCGAAACCCGGUACCCCCAUCUAGAAAAACUGGCUCUCGCGCUAAUAAGCCUCUCGCGCAAACUGAAGCCUUAUUUUCAGUGCCACUGUAUCUGCGUCCUGAUAACUUAUCCCCUCCGGAGUAUACUGCAUAAACCUGAGCUAUCAGGUCGAUUGGCCAAAUGGGCCAUCGAACUCGGAGGGUAUGAUAUUGAGUAUCAACCUCGGACAGCCAUUAAGUCCGAAAUCCUGGCGGAUUUCGUGGCUGACUUCUCGCCAGCCAUCGUACCCGAGGUAGAGAAAGACCUUUUAUUAAAAUCAGGCACUUCCUCCGGGGUAUGGACCUUGUUCACGGAUGGCGCCACAAACGUAAGAGGAUCCGGACUCGGUAUAGUCUUGAGGCCGCCCGUCGGCGGCAUAAUCAGACAAUCCAUAAAAACCACGAAACUGCCUAACAACGAAGCCGGAUAUGAGGCUAUGAUUGCAUGUCUAGAUUUGGCCAAAGGUUUGGGAGCCGAGAUCGUGGAAGAAAAGUGCGACUCGCUCCUCGUGGUAAGCCAAGUAAACGGAAGCUACGAAGCCCGAGAGGACAGGAUGCAAAGGUAUUUGGACAAAAUCCAAAUCGCGUUGCGUCAUUUCAAAGAAUGGACUUUAGUACACAUACCCCGAGAGAAAAAUUGCGAGGCCGAUGCCCUCGCAAACUUGGGAUCCUCCGCCGAAGAAGAAGACCUGCUCCCCGAAACCGUCGUCCAACUAUUCAAAUCUGUGGUCGAAGAGGGCCAUGCGGAAAUUAACUCCACCAGCCUGACAUGGGACUGGAGAAACAAAUAUAUCGCGUAUCUGAAAGACGGAAAUCUGCCCACGGACCCAAAAGAGUCAAGGGCCCUACGAACCAAAGCGGCCCGGUUCUCACUCGACGAAAAUGGGGCCCUUUACAGGAGAACUUUCGAUGGUCCCCUAGCGAUAUUCUUGGGACCGGGCAACACGAAAUACGUGCUUCGAGAGAUCAACGAGGGCACCUGCGGAAAUCAUUCCGGGGCCGAUUCCUUGGUCCGAAAAGUGAUCCAGGUGGGCUACUAUUGGGAUAGCAUGGAGAAAGACGCCAGGGAAUUCGUCUGA